GUUUCUCUCUGUUCCUUUCUGCCUUUUCUUCGUUGUCUAAGAAAAUUCGCGGAGCCAGAGCGAGAGCGAACCAGAUCGUCGCUCCCAUUCUUCCCGUCUCUCGCGAAAGCAGAUCUCCUCCUUAGGAUUCUGAUUCUACGUCUGAAUCCCGUCAAUGAAGAUUUAGGGUUCUUCGACCUGGCCGGCGACGAUGCCAGGUGGUGAGUUCGAGCUCGAUGAUCACAAAUCCCUCCUCCGUCCUCCCCCUUUGUCGACCGGCCUGGAUCUGGAAUCUCAGGGCCCAGAUUUGUUGGGGACGUCGGCAGGAGGCACGGGGAGUCCGGCAUCGGGGAAGAAGAGUGGGAUUGGAGAUCUUCUUCGGCACCUGGAUCGGGGGCUCUCUAACCGGAACCUGAGUCGGCGGAAUGUGGACCGGAGCGGCUUGUCACCGCGAUCAGAUGGAAGGUCGCACGACGCCCUCGGGGACGGGGCGCCUCCUGAGUGGGCGCUGCUGCUCAUAGGGUGCCUUCUUGGUCUCGCCACUGGUAUUUGUGUUGCCGCAUUUAAUCGAGGGGUACAUGUGAUACAUGAAUGGGCAUGGGCAGGUACCCCAAAUGAGGGUGCUGCUUGGCUUCGCCUACAAAGGUUGGCUGAUACCUGGCAUAGGAUACUGCUGAUUCCAGUAACAGGAGGGGUUGUCGUUGGAAUGAUGCAUGGUCUUCUUGAAAUCUUUGACCAGAUAAACCAGUCAAGAUCAUCACAAAGACAAGGUCUUGACUUGCUGGCAGCUAUAUUUCCAACAAUAAAGGCCAUCCAGGCUGCUGUUACUCUGGGUACUGGUUGUUCUUUAGGACCUGAGGGACCCAGUGUAGAUAUUGGUAAGUCAUGUGCAAAUGGGUGUUCAGAAAUGAUGGAGAACAAUAGAGAAAGGAGGAUUGCGCUUGUUGCAGCUGGUGCUGCUGCUGGAAUUGCUUCAGGUUUCAAUGCUGCUGUUGCUGGAUGUUUUUUCGCCAUUGAAACUGUACUGAGGCCACUUCGAGCAGAAAACUCACCUCCAUUUACCACUGCUAUGAUCAUAUUGGCAUCAGUUAUUUCAUCUACAGUGUCAAAUGUUUUGCUUGGAGAGAAGCCAGCUUUUAUUGUGCCGGCAUAUGAACUGAAAUCUGCUGCUGAACUACCACUAUAUCUCAUCCUGGGCAUGCUUUGUGGGGCAGUGAGUGUGGCUUUCUCUCGCUUGGUAGUUUGGUUCACAAAGACUUUUGAGUUUAUAAAGGACCAGUUUGCUCUUCCAGCUGUUAUGUUGCCUGCUUUAGGUGGUUUAGGAGCAGGCAUAAUAGCUCUCAAAUAUCCUGGAAUUCUAUACUGGGGUUUUACAAAUGUUGAAGAAAUCUUGCAUACAGGACAGAGUGCUUCAGCACCAGGAAUAUGGCUUUUAACUCAACUAGUUGCAGCAAAAGUAGUAGCUACUGCUCUUUGCAAGGGUUCUGGACUUGUAGGUGGUCUUUAUGCUCCAAGCUUGAUGAUCGGUGCUGCCCUUGGUGCUGUUUUUGGAGGCUCAGCUGCAGAACUCAUAAAUUCAGCAAUUCCAGGAAAUGGUGCUGUUGCACAGCCUCAGGCUUAUGCACUAGUUGGAAUGGCUGCUACACUGGCUUCAGUUUGUUCGGUUCCACUGACAUCGGUACUCUUGCUCUUUGAGCUGACAAAGGACUACAGAAUAUUGCUCCCCCUCAUGGGUGCAGUUGGUUUAGCUAUAUGGGUUCCUUCUGUAGCAAACCAGUCAAAGGACAAUGAAGAUGCAAAGUCUCCUAGACGUGGAUAUUCUUCUUUAUCUACUCAAGACAUCUUGAGGCAACUUGAUGGUGAUGAUCUUGAACUUUCUCAAUUGGAAGCUGACAUUCAUCACUUUGGAACCAUCAACGAUGAGGUGCUUCUGGAUGAUCUUAAGGUUUCUUUAGCCAUGUCAAAGACCUAUGUUAAAGUUCAUCCAACCACUAUACUAAAGAAUGCCAUUGAACUUAUGCAUGAUAAUCAACAAACUUGUGUUCUUAUCAUCGACCAUGAAGACUUUCUUGAAGGUAUUCUUACACUUGGUGACAUUCAGAGGAAAGGAUUUGAAACAAGUGGAGAACUUCCUAGUACUCCCAGAGGAGAGACACAAAUCUCAGAUGCGAACGUUUACACAGUUUCAUCCUGCCUUAGUAGAGCGAUUCAGCAUCGGGAUAGAGAAACUGGGUUGAUAACCUGCUUUCCUGACACAGAUUUGACAACUGCAAAGCAGCUUAUGGAGGCUAAGGGAAUUAAGCAGUUGCCAGUUGUCAAGCGUGGUGGGCUACGCAGCAAUAAUGGGAAGCGCAAGAUUGUUGGCCUUCUUUAUUACAAUUCAAUUGGACAUUGUCUUAGAGAGGAGAUAGCUCGCUGGAAGGCUAUCUACCAGCAAAGAAAACACGCGCAAGAGAGCAUCACUAAUGGCCAUUGACAAUAAACUGAAUGUAGGUUGAUAUGUUUCAGUAUUGCCUCGACUUCACGUGGAUCCAGUAGUCAAACCGAUACCUGCUCAUCAGCAUGGCACCCUUUGCUACUCAAUUGUAUUUGCUACUCAAUUGUAUUUUUCUGGACAUGAGGCCUCCCUGUGUAGGAUGAACUUAUGUUUGGACGCUGUGUUGAUGGUAGUAAGAAGCAUAGUGCAAAUACGGGCAGUUUUGUGUUAUGUCGAUUUUAGGACGAAUUCCAGAAUUUAUCUUGUAAGUUGCACACAAGAACAAUUUUAUGAAUUGUCUAGGCUAGAGAGUCCCUGUAUAGGCGAAUGCCAAUUGUCUUUGCUUGCCAUUUUGUAACAUUAUCUUUUACAGCUUAAGGUGUCCUAUAACAAGUUCCAGAUGGUUUAAUUAUCUGUAACUAGUUUUUCCUCGAAUGGUGUACGAUAUCCAACUCGGCUGCUACAAUAUCCAUUUUUCUCU